AUGGAUAAUAAAAGAUGGAAAUACUUAAUAAGACACUGUAACCAAUCUUUACUUUCAUAUGUAAUAUAUAUUUAUAAUCAUUACAGGGUUUAUAUAUGCCCUCGUGAGGCUUUAGAACUUUUUGAGGGUUCAGAUGUAACAUCAAUAAUUCAGAAUCGUAUAAACGAGUAUAUAUGUAACUCCUUUACUCCAAAAGUAGGUAGCUAUAAGGAUAAUAAUAUAUCUAGUAAAGAGAAUGCUGUAGAAGUAAUUAGCAAAGUUUUUCAGAUUUCAAAAUCAAUAUCAUUAAAACUACUACAAGGUUUCAAUUGUAGAAGAGACAGUAGUUAUAUUGUAAGGUUUACAGAUAUUAAAACUCAAUCUGAGGAUGAAGAUAAUGAAGUAAAUAACUCAAAUAAUGAGGACCUGAGUUGUUUAUAUAAUGUAAAUGAACAGCUUAUGAGUGAUAUUUAUGAUUUCAUAUUACAAGAGCAAUUAAUUUUUUUAGAUAUUUUAAAAUAUAUGUUUGAGAAUGCAUCUAAUGAUCCAAAGAAUUUUGUAUCUAGAUCUACAAGUAACAAUGAUAUACUUGUAGGCCAGAUUUUUUCAAAGAAGUGUUUUGAAGAUAUAUUAUGGAAUACAGAUAACUUUAAUAUAUUAGAUAAACUUUGGGAAUGGUAUAAACGUUUAGUAAAUGAACCUUUUUGUCAAUAUGAAGAUAUUGAAAGUUUUUUAUUUGGUAAUCCAUUAAUUCAAUGUUAUAGAAGAAUGAAACUUGAAUCAAGUCUCUUACAUACAAUUUUAGUAAUAUUACAAGCUUGGGAUAACUUUCAGAACUGUUUAAAUAAACCUGAACGAAGUGAAUUAUCUAAAAAUACAGAUAAUAGUUUAUAUCAAGCUAGUAGUAUGAGUAAGAUAAAGAUCAUUUUAUCUGAAUUACAAUCAAGAUGUUUUUUAGGUAGCUUGUAUACUUUAUAUUCUGUUAAGACGAGUGGAAUAUCAUCUAAUGAUUUAACAAUAUGGGAUAAUUCUCUUGCUCAUUCGAGCAAAGUCCUUGAGCAAUUAAGGCAUACAGCAUCUAAUGGGAUUUUGCUUGGUUGCUAUUUAAUCCUUGCUUUAUCACCAAAGACAAUAACAGAUGAUAAUGAGAAUCUUGGGUUUAUUACUAGAUUGGUUAUGACAAUUAUUGAAUGUCUUAUAUCUAAUGAAACUGGUGAGAAAAUCAUAAUAAAUAAUGGAGAUAUUUUAAAUUGUACUACACCUACUCGUAAUAUGGAGUUAUAUAAAGCUAACAAUUUUGAUGAUAACAUAAGGAUUGUUAGAGGAAAUCUCUUACUUGCUCAUGCUAGAGUUGUAAAACCUCUUUUUGCAAGUUUUUUGUAUAGUUAUGCUACUAUUGUAGCUCUUACUCCUAAUAGAGAUGCAUUAUUAUCUCCAAUUUUUAGUACAUCUUGUCUAUUUGAAUCUACAGCUCUUUCAGAUUCAAUUGAGAAUAUUUUAUUGGCCUUACAUGACCAAAAUCCGAUAAAUUUGAAAUUUAAUGUUAAAUCUAAGACAUGUGGAGAUACAGUUUAUUUAGGUGAGGAGAUUGGGAGCUAUUAUCAACAUCUAACUAUAUACAGUUUGAUUCGUUCGGUUCUAUCAACUUUUUCAAUAGAUACUUUAUUUUGUACUUCUAAAAUAACUAGAUGUCUCAAUAAUUUACUUUGGCGUGAUAAUAGACUAGUAUAUAGGGAAUGUUGGCGUGGUGAUUAUUAUAGACAUAUUGGAAUUCAUAUUUUAUUAGAUAUGUAUAUUUCAUCUUUCCCCUAUGGUAUUGUGGAAUUUUUGGAACUUUUACAGAAUUUAAUUCCUGAUUUUACACAUAUAUCUAAGAAUAAUAUUUUAGAUAUGGAAUCUGCUAGAAAUGCAUUCAAAAUAUUUAUGGAUUUUAUAAGAACUCCAUUAAAAUGUGUGAAUUUUUCUCCCUAUCUUGAAUCUGUAGGAUUAAGAGCAGUACCAAUAAAUGAAUGGACUACUUAUGAAUAUGAGAAGCCUCAGAAGAAAUCACAUGGAUCAAUUGUAAAUGUAUUUUUGCAAAUGGAAAUAACUCAAUUUGAAACUCCCAAUAUAAAUGUUGGUAGUACAAUAUCACGUUCUGCUUUAUCAGGAUCUAUUGAAGGAUGUCUUUUAGAUAUUUUGGGAAUAAAACUAGAAGAUGUCACUCCUUUAUUAGCUGGUUUUCCUAAUUCAAGAAGAUGCCUUACACCUUUAAGAAUACUUCCAUGUGGUAUAUCCAAACAAAUUCCUAUGAAAUCAAUGAUAGUUAACAAUGAUGAAACAAAAUUCUCAAGUCCUGUUUGGGCAACAUCUCCUUAUGGUAAUUUGUAUGAUGUACCAGAUGAGAAAUUACCUCCAUUUUAUCAAACAACAAUUAGAACUAAUGUGUCACCUAAUUCUGGAAGAUCAAGUCCAUUUUUGGAUUAUCAAGAUUUUAGAUUACCCUCAAAUUUUUGUUCGAAUCCUAAUGAAUUGACUAUAGGGACUUUGGAUCCUUUUGUAAUUUAUUUUAAUUGUAACCAAAUCCAGAAUUCUGGCAAAUUUACUGGACAUAGCACUUCACAAACAGGCUAUAUGCCAUCUCUUCUGCACAUAUUACUUUUUUUGUGGGAUUCUUUGGGUUUAUAUAUAAAUCAAAUAGACUAUAUUGAUCCAAACCAUCUUAAUAUGUUAUCAUCUAUAAGUGAAGUUAUUUUUAAAUUAGUAUCCUUUCACCCAGCUAUAUUACUUAUACUUGAAACAGAGUUGACGUCAUCAUACAGAUUCAUUCCUUCCAACCUUUAUAAUACAAGAGAUAAAGUAAAUGCAAAUAAUUCUGUACACUUUGCAGAUACUUCAUUACAGAUAUCAUUGUAUAGAUUUGGAGUUAUUCCUAUCAAGUGCUUGUUUUUUCUGAAGGGUAUUUCAUAUCAUUUGAGGAAAGAUAAUAUUGAUAAUAUAAUAAGUACUGUAUUGAAGACACUUCCGCGUAUUAUAAGUUUACUAACAAUAUUUAUGAUACCAAUUCACUCGCAAGAUAUUGAAACUAUUCUUCAAAGUGGAAAUUUGCAUAAAUUACACUCAAAUUAUAAUUCCUAUAGUCUUAAUUUGGAAAUAUAUAAAAAUGAUUGUGAAAUUCCUUCCCCUUGGUCUUGCAAAGAAUCUAUUAUACCCAUGUAUUGGUUAAUUCCUUUACUAUUAUCUAGUAUGGGAUCAUUGGAGGUUGAUCCAAUAAUACAACAAGAAGUUGGAGUUUAUGCCUCACUUCUUAGAAGCAUAAUGGGAUUUGAUAUUGAUGAUUUCUUAUCACUAGCUACUGAGAUAAUUGAAACUGUUGAGAAACUUCACAACUCAUAUCCAAUAACAUUUCAGAUGCUUGUAUUUUUGGAAACUUUAAUGUCAUAUUGUCCAGUUUAUUUCUGGGGAUUAGGAUGGAGCCGUCAUGCAAACAUUAUUUUGAUAGAAAAAUAUAAAGUACAAUCUUCAGGAUAUACAAGUAGAUACUUGAAAGAUUUACAAUGUCUAGUAGAUGAGUGCAUUAUUUUCCAAUCUCUUAACUUGAAUAACAAGGAUCUGUUUGAAUUCUUCAACCGAAUUUUGAAUUACACAAUUCGUUCAGUUUUGAUUAGAAUAUCUAGUUGGCAAUUUAACGUUGAUAGCGAACGCAAUAGUCUUCUUUUACAAGCUUUCCGAGUAUUUGAUCUACUUCUUAAAUGUCUAGAUCCUUUAUCUUUAAUUCGUGAAGAUAUGGAUAAAUCUUUAAUAUUAGAUGAAGUCCAAAUUAACUCUAAAUUAAGCAAAACUAGAGAGCAGAAUAAACAAAUUUCUUCUAUAUUAUGUGAUAUUAUACCAGAUAUUUCAAUUAUAACAUGUGUAAAUCAACAAGCUCUGAUUGCUAAUUUAUUAAAGCAUUGCUUAGAAACUAAUUUGAUUCCUUCCAUGUUGUCUGUUUUGUUAUGUGAAUAUCAUAUGAAAUCUAGUAAUUCAAGAACUUUGUGGUACGUAACAUCUACAUCUCUUGAUCCAGGGUCUAUUCAUUGGGAGCUUUCAAUAUCAAGCUCUUUUGUACAUCAAACCAUGAAUAAAGUGGCAUCUUUGUCAUAUAAUUUAGCACUAAAAGGUCAAAAUAUGAUUUCCUUGGAUUCAUGUUUAGCUUAUACACCCAUCAGAUGUCCAUAUACACUAUCCUAUUUAUCAGGAGAGUCAUUUGCCUUCCCUCAAGUAAUUGUAGCUCAACAGGUUAUUACUGUAAUACUCUGUAUAGUAAAUAAGAUCUUAACAAGUUUGACAAAUACGGAUGCAUCUUCUCAGCUCAUUACAUCUCUUAGAAGAAGUGUUAUUCAAUGGAUCCUAUUUUCUUAUGAUGAUCAAUUAUCUAUACAGAUAUCUCAGUUUAACGAUGGGGGAAAUACAAUGUUAUCCAAAGAUUUUGUGAGUAAUUUUGAUAUAUCUUCUUCCGAGGCAGAUAUUGUAGCACAAUUUAUAUAUAAUAGAGUUAUAUUACUAAGCCAAUCUAAGGCUCCCCAGAUGAACAUUAUCAAGUCUUGGUUUGUAUAUAUGUUUAACACUACUCCCAAUACCCUUCCAAUUUCAGCCUCCAUUAAUGCAACUCAAAUACUAUCUAGCUUUUGUUACUUGCUAGAAUUUGAGUACUCAAAUCAACCAGAAAAGAUUCAAAUACUUCAGUAUUUAUUGAAACCUCCUUCUUCAUUACACUCAAAACAGGAAGACUUUUUACUAUGCUUAUCUAAUACUAAACUUGUAUCUCUUAUUAUUAAUAUUUUAUAUAGAGAACUGGACUUUGUACUUGUAGCUCCUAUACAUUAUUUUAUUAAUGAAGAUAAAUUUGGGUAUAGUUCUAUUACAUUUGCCAAUGUUAAGGCUAUAAUGGAACUACUGAAUGUUCUCAUGAUUACUCAGCCCUCAGUUCUUCUGUUUUCUUCUGGUCACUUUGAUCCAUCAAGUUUGAAAAAAGAAAGCUUUCAAGUUAAAUUAACUUAUUUGGAUGAUCAAAACUUAAGAAAUAAAUCAGCUGAACUUAAACCAGCACAGGGAUAUAAUUCAAACAAUGCUUAUAGUCGUAUAGAACUUAUAUGUGACACUAUUAAACAUGUUUUCUUGAAAAUUGAAUCAUCUCUAAGUGACAUGGAUUCCAAAAUAAAGAUGGAUGCUUCAAAAUUUUCUAUAUCUGAGGUUCCUGAACUUAUGCAGCUUUUCCCAGAUAUGAUAACACUCUUAUUUUAUUUUCAGGAAGAUUCCAGGGCUCAAAAGCUCUUAUAUAAGCAUCUGAACAAAUCAGAAAAUUCCAAAUCUUUUUGGGAGAUACUUUUCAAUAUUACUAAAAAAGUUGUAACUAUUUGGACCAAAUUAUCUAGAAAUUCCAGUAUGAUAAGCUCCUAUCCACUAGCAACUCUUUGGAUGUCGUGUAUUACAUCUGUUUACAGCUUAAUUUCACGCUUUAUAGAUAUAGAUACAAAUUUAGCACUAAGAAACUCUGCUAAAUUACCAGAAUUUAUAUCAAAUAAAAUCAUUUGGGAAUUUGUUCAGUAUAUGGCUACUAACCCUUGCAUUAUUACAUUAUUAUCUGGGAAUUUUUGUGGAGAGAAUAUAAAGGAAUUGUACAAUCAAUCUAUUCGACAUUUAAAAAGUAUAAAGUCUAAAUUAAAUUUACCAAUACAUCUUUGUAUUCCCAUUACAAUUAAACAAGAUCAAAUCUUAAGACGCGUUACAACCCCUUUUUCAUUAGAAGAAUUUUUGUAUGAAUACUAUUUUGAAAGAUACUGGAGACUAUCACAUAAAAUAAUGUCAAGUGAUAACUACUAUAGAUGGACAGAAUUUGGUUUAACGAAUGCAUCUGAUCAUUACUAUAGCGAUGCUAUAGAAUUAGAUCCUAAAUUACAUGAGAAGAAUCGAAACAAUAACAAUAAUAUUUCUAUAUUUACAAAUGAAAUAUCUCAGCUGGCUUCUUUAGAGAUUGUAUGGGAAUCUGGACAAUUGCUAGCUCCGAAACAACAUUCUUUAAUUAAAAGUAGCGGAGAUCUAGAUUCUAAAAUUGAAUCCAAUAUCAGUACUGGAGAUAAUCAGUUAUUUAUAAAUAAAUUAGCAUCUAAUCAACUUUUGAAUAACUCAGGCCAAUCCUCGAAUUUAGAAUCUAAUACUGAUGAGGAUAUAACCUCUACUUGGUUUUCCUUACCUAUUCAUUUAGAACGAAAUGCAUCAUUUCUAUAUAAAACUAAAAGAUGGGGUAAUGACUUUGAAGUAGAUUUAAAGUCUCUGGCAGUUCUAUUAUCUUGUUCAACAGUUGCAUGUUUAUCUUUGUCACAUUCUCAAUUAGCAAUACAAGAAAUUUUAGGAACUUGUAUGCAAAUUCUUAACUCAACUUUGACUGAUAAUAAUAGAAGAAGUUUUGUUGAAUCUAUUAUGUACUGCCUAGUAAGCUAUAACAGAUUUAUAUUCUAUUUAAAGUCAAAUUUACCUCAUAUUUUGGUUAAUUCCUACAAACUUAUUAAUAAACCUUUGUUAAAUACUAUGACUACAUUAUUCAGACCUCUUAAAAUUCCCUUAACAAAAUAUUUCUUAGUGAUAUUUGACAAAGAUGUUGAGGACACUUCAGAAAUCUUCCCUAGUUUAUUCUUAACUUGUAUAUAUUCAAUUUUUGCAGAUAUAAUUACAUUUGAUAUAAUUUCAAGUGCUAGAAGUAUUUUAGGUAAUUUGGAUAUUUUAGAAAUGCAGAAAUGGCUUGAUAGAAAUUUGAAAAAGAUAGACUUUGAAUCAGAUGUGCAAAAAGAGAAUACUUCAGAUAAACGAUAUAAUAUUGUUACAAUUGCUCCAAAUAGCUCUUCUGUUUGUCUAUCAUAUACAUGGCAAUCACGUGGUGAUAGUAUUCCCUAUAAUAUUGACGAUAACCUUAAAUUAACUGCAAAUACUGGAAAUAUAUUAAUACAUUCAGUAUGUAAAGAAGUGUCAGAAGAAUCAGAAUCAGAACUAUAUAAGCAUCUACCACUUGUUUUAGAACAAGCAUGUUUAUUUUUAAUAAAUGUGAUGUCUCACUACAGAAUGGAAAAGGUGGAUUCUAAUAACUGCUAUUUACAGCCUUGUACUGGAAGAAAUUCAAUUGUUUCAGUUUGGUCAAUUUUACCUAUAUUAUCUACUUGUAAAGAUAAAUCAACUGGUUGCAUUAUUUCAGAUUUUGUUUCUAGUGACCUGAUUUCAUGUACUAUACUUGUUCAGAUUCUACUAAGAUUAAUACCACAAUUUGUGAAGAAUGACGACUUUGAUAUAUUAUCUUCAUAUUCGACAAAUUCUAAAUUAUUAGAACUCACAUCUAUCUCACUACAGUUUAUACUCAAAAAUAGUAGAUUCUUAUCUCAAAAUAUCAGACAAGAAAUUUCAAAUCUAAGAAAUUAUACAUCAACAACAAUUUUACCAUACUCUUUAAGCUUAUUUCUAGCUCUUCCAAUAAUAUGUCUUACUAUCCCAACAUUUAUAGUUGAGAAUAUGUAUAUUAACAAAUUGGAGAAAGUUGAACAGCAGUUUUUAGAGUCUGAAUUUACAGGAGGUUCAAACUUAAAACAAACUCCCUUUUUAACUAAAAUGAAAGCAAUACUUGAGUCAGACAGUACUCUUGAUAAAUUUACUAGUAAAUUUGUACAGUUAGUUUUACCUUUACUUGUAACCUCUGCCCAGUCUUAUGAAUCUAUAGGAUUAACUAGAAAUCUCAAAUGGAAGAACCGAAAUGAAGAGAUCAAUGAAAUUCCCAAUUCUUUACCUAUAUAUCUGCAACUUUCACCAAGUAAUAUUCCAUGUUUUUUCUGGGAUGAAAUGGCUCAUUAUAGUAUGUUAAACUCAAUUUUAUCGUGUUUAAUGAGUCUAGCCUCUUCCAAAAAGGGAUCUAUCGCAAUUCUAGAAAGUGAUAUCAUUAAUCAACUUGCUCUUAAGACUAUUAUUAGCAAGGUAUGGCAAAGCUCAGGAUCAUCUCUUGAAUCUACAAUCUCAAUAGAUCAGACAGGAUCAACUCCAACUGGGAUUCUAUGGACUCCAGCUUAUUCUACAAUAAAGAUAAAUGGUAAUACUUUUAGGGCUCCUUUGCAUAUAAUUUGGUGCAGAUUUCUCUUCCUUAUUACUACUGUUGUGAAGUCUAUUCAUUGUGAGCAACUAGAUUCAAAAAGUACUGAUACAGAUGAUGAUUUAAAAAAUAGUUUCAAAUAUCAUGAAUACUCAAAGUCUAAUUUAUCAAAUUCUAGCUCUAUCAAAAAUUUACAUAUAUCUCCGUAUUCACAAAGUUCAUACUCUGAAUCUUUCCAUAAACAGAUAAAAAAUGAAAAUUUCGAUGAAGAAUUAGAAUAUAAGUCUCUUUCUCAACGUAUACUAGUUAAAUUUAUGGGACUAGUAGAUUCUAGGAUCCGAUUUGUUAUAGAAGGGACUCGUGUAAUAGGACAAUUGGCUUUACUAGAAGAAUUUUCUAUAAUAUUAGAUCUUCUAAAAAUUGCAUCAUUUCAAGCAAGUGCAUCAUUUAUGAAAUAUAUAUCUGAAAUCUUACAGAAAUCACUUAGGAUGAUUAGAAAUAUUUCAGCUGUAUCUCUAGGGAAAGGAAUUGCAGAAUCUUUUGACAUAUUCAAGCCAAUUUCAACUUAUGAGAAAAUUGCUGCUGGUUUAGCUUAUGAUUCUUUGAUGCUAUACCCCUUAGAUCGGUUACCAGCCUUAGUACCCUCUAUUUAUCACCAGAGAUACUGUAUGAUAUUACUUACAUGUAUUAUGAACAUAUUGGACAUCUUUUUAAUGGAUUGUGAAUCUGUGACGAAUAUAUUACUAACUUCAAGGGAAUUUCUUGCACAACUAUUUCAUGAUACUAUGGAUCUAGGAAGACCAUUAUUACAACUAUUAGAAGAUCUACCAAACCACUCAAAUUCAGUUUUACAAAUUGUUAGACCUUAUAAUGGUGUGUCACUUCUUCCAUUAGCUUUAAAUUUACAAGUUUUACGCCCUUUUCAAUCUAAUUCAAACGACCUCCUACCGGAUGGAAUUGGAAAUAAAGUUAGAAUGGACAAGGAUUUUAUAGAAUAUGGAGGUAUAUCAAGAUUAUUUCAUAAUGAUGAAUCUUGUAGCCUCCCAGAACUUAUUACAGUUUCAUCAUUUAUUCAAUUUGUAAAUUCUAUUGUAGAUGCAAUAGCACUUUGUGGUAUAAAAUGCUUAUAUAUUUUGGAGAAUUCUGAAUCAACUGAUCAACAUAAUGAUGCAAUUAGAAGAUUACUUGAAUUCUUAUAUCUUUCUCAAGGUAUGAGCACUUCAUCUUCUUUAUUAAAUGCUACUAGAAAACUUAUUGAGCGUAUAUAUCUAAAUCUUAAAGCUAAACUUGGAGAUCAAAUUAAUGUUGAAAUUGUCGGCUUAGCAGGGGUUAGGAAAGAUCCUGUUCAUGCUGCCUUAUUUGAAAGAUUGUGUAAUCCUUCAGGAUUAGGUACUACAAACAAUUAA